AAUAACUAUGUAAAAACAAUCUUAAUACUAAACUAUUGAAUUUAAUUACAAUGAAUUAAGAAACAAAGAGUCGAAUUUGUAUGUCGCUCCCCCUAGUUUCCCAUCUGUUAUUGACAGACCGAUUGAAUUAGUGCUGCGAGACCAGAAGAGGCAGCAGUGGAAGUAUACAUCAGCAUAGUUAUUAAAAUAAAUUAUAUACACCGGCACUUUCCUUCACAGGCAAAAGGUGUCAGUCCCGCCAAAGAGCCCCAGGAAGUAAAUGAGAAAAAGGAGACUGCAAACACCUGCUCUCAACCUGAGACGACCUGACACACACUCAGAUAACUGCCUGCAUUGAGCACAAAAGAAGAGGCUGAAUUCCUACGCUCUUCAUUGGCCUAAAAUAAAUCACCGGAGCAGAUUAACAUAGACUUGUGUCUGGUGGCCCCCUUUUUUUGUACAAAGGCUGCCUGUAAAGAGAAUGCAGUGGUAUUUAAUGAGCUGUGAAAUGAGGCCUUGCUGCUAACAGUCAGAGGAGAAAGGAUUCUUCAUCUAUUCAUCGGGCUUGAUGUACAUGUUUCUACUCCGUACUCUGAGGAGAGUCUACCACGGAAUCCAAAACGGCAGCUGGGGAAAGUGCAUCAAACAUGCCUACAGAAACACUACAGACAGAUAGCAUGGCAAAACCUGUCAGCCCGGCAAGCACCUUUACCUCGGCAGUACCUCUCCGGAUACUGAACAAAGGGCCAGACUAUUUCCGUAGGCAGGCGGAACCAAAUCCUAAAAGACUCAGUGCAGUGGAGAGACUGGAAGCAGACAAAGCCAAAUAUGUGAAGAGUCAAGAGGUGAUAAAUGCAAAGCAGGAGCCUGUGAAGCCAGCAGUAAUGGCAAAACCACCAGUCGGCUCAGUUACCAAACGGGCAGGGAGCAGCCCUGCCUUAAUGGCAACAAACAACAACUCAAAGACUGACAGUAGUGUAAAACGAGAAAAUUUGAACCUGGAAAUUCUGAAAAAUAUCAUUAACAGUUCAGAGGGCUCUUCUUCGGGGACAGUACAUAAACACAGUGCCAGAAGCUGGGCUCCCCACAGGUCAGAAUCUACAGAGCUGAACAGACGGUCGUUUGCAGAGUCGCUUAAGGUGUUCCCCACUCCAGGUCACUCAAGUCCCCAAGGAAGUAAUUUAAAUAUUAGCAAACGUCUUUUUGAAGAGCAGUCAAGUGAUUCAUCUCUACACAUAUCUCAUAGCUCAUCAGACAUUAGAAGGGUAUGCAAUGGCAAGCCAUCAAAAGCUAUGCCUAGUAGUAGUUCGGCCCCACCUCUACCACCUAAACCCAGCGUCACAGCUUGCAAUACACUGAAAUCAUCUGGGAUGGACACAUUAGAGCCUGGUAAUGGAGUGAGCAGGAGGCCCUCUGUGCACAGAUCAAAGUCUGAUCUAAGUGACAGAUAUGCCCGAGCCAGUGCAGACGUUGAACGCUUUUUUAACUACUGUGGACUGGAUCCUGAAGAACUUGAAAACUUUGGAGUGGAGAAUUUCACCCGGGCAAACUCGGAUAUAAUUUCUCUCAACUUUCGCAGUGCAAGCAUGAUUAGUUCGGACUGUGAUCAGUCGCGGCACAGCAAUGACGACCUAACGGAUGAUGAAGAUGCCAAUGAGCGAGUGCCAUAUGGCAUCUCUGCUGUUGAAAGGAAUGCCAGAGUCAUCAAAUGGCUAUAUAGCAUCAAGCAAGCUCGAGAAUCUCAGAAAGUGUCUCAUGUGUGAGAAAGGAAGGACCCCCCGCUUUUUUUUUUAACACUUCUAUUUAGUCUGUAAAUCUUAUAUUUGUGAAAGGUUGAGAAGUCUAUUUUUUGCACACUUAAUUGCUUUGCGUUAUAUGUGCAAUGCAUACAGAAACUGCAUGCUUGUCAACAUGUGAACUAACUUGACCUCCACUUAUAGAAAAAAUAAAUACAUAUAACUAUACUAUGGAGACAGCUGCAGGCCUAGAUAUGAUUAUUAUAUCAAUCAAAAACCUUAAGACUGAUCUAUUAGGGUUACGUGUUGAGCCAUUUUGCACAACCACACAGCCAUAUCAGUAUAAGUGCAUAGAUUCAAAUGAGUUACAAUGCAUAGGUAAAUUAUCUGAUGUGUAAUGACAGUCAAAUAUGUAUAUAAUGAUGUGGCUGUAUAAGCAUGUUACAGUCCUUGCAAGUACAGUAGUAAACUCAAGAACGUGUCCUAAAGUUGUCCAGUGUUGCGAACCAUGUGUUACAUAUUGUUAUUUAAAUCAUCAGCAUUUUAUGUAUUUUAUAUGGCUUUGUCUUCCACUGUUCUGACUGAUAACUGCAUUGUGGUACAAUGGAAUGAAAGUCCAGUGAGUGACCUCAUUUUCUGUAGUAUUUGACAGAACUGCAUUAUGUAAAAUCUGCAGAGAGGAAACCUAGAUUUUUUUUAUUAUGUAAAUUCUGUAAGGAUUUGUAUAUACUUUUAAAGUUGUUACCAAAUCUGUAAAGAUAACUCUGUUACGCUAAUAAAUAGCUCUUGGCUCAUUUAUUCUUUUUUAUUUUA